CUCUCUCCUGUCUCUGUCUCCUUUCAUCUUCAUCAGUCUCUCUGCUGAUUUGUUCUUAUCUUGAUUGCAAAGAUUUGGAGGCAUUUUUUAUUUCUUCCUAUUGACUUCAUUCACACGAGGUAACAUAAAGAAAUUGACCCAGUUAAUCCAUCAACCUCCAUUAACCAUGGAAAUCUUUUUACAAAAGAACCAAUGCUAUAACAUUCUUCUCUUUCCAAACUAGCAAAUACCAAAUCAUCUGAAAUGAGUCAGUGUGUUCCCAGUUGGGAUCUCGAUGAGAAUCCCACUUACCCUCGACCCUCUCACCGUUCCCGCUCAAAUUCCACGGCGCCUGAUGUUCCCAUGUUUGAUUACGAAGUAGCAGAGCUGACAUGGGAGAACGGGCAGCUAGCCAUGCACGGGUUAGGACCACCGCGAGUACCAACCAAACCCAUGGCCACCACUUCUACCACCAAGUACAAUUGGGAGAAGCCACGCGCCAGUGGCACCCUCGAGUCUGUAGUCAACCAAGCCACUAUCUUGCCACAAAGCAACCAGCCCCCAUUUGAUACCGCCACCAACGAAGAAAUCGCGCCUUGGUUUGACCAACACCGAGCUGCCGCCGCCGCCGCCAUGACUAUGGACGCUUUGGUUCCAUGCUCAAACCGCCCUGAAAAGCGUACCACGCACGCGAUGGAUGCAGUGCCAAGGCUUGGUGGCACGUGUGUAGUGGAUUGCUCUACUCGUGUGGGCUCUUGCAGCGGGCCAGCUGCCACUCAGGAUGAAGAUGACGUCCUUCUGAAGAAAGCCAGGGUGGCGCGUUUCCCGGUGGCACCUGAGUGGAACAACAGGGAUCAAAGUGUGAGCGGUAGCGCCACGUUUGGAAGGGAUAGCCAGCACGUGACUCAUGAUACUUACGAUAUGGACAUAGGUGUGGGUUUCACAUCUACUUCAAUGGGUUCGCCUGAAAACACUAGCUUUGCUGAACCUUGCACCAAGGCCACCACUGACGAUGAUCAUGACUCUGUUUGUCACAGUACACCACAGAGAGAAGCAGGUGACGAGGGGAAGAAGAAUAAAGGGAAUGGGAAAUCCUCAGUUUCCACCAAAAGGAGUAGAGCUGCUGCCAUUCAUAAUCAAUCUGAACGAAAAAGGAGAGAUAAGAUCAACCAAAGGAUGAGGGCACUGCAGAAGCUGGUCCCUAAUUCCAGCAAGACUGAUAAAGCUUCAAUGCUUGAUGAAGUGAUCGAGUAUCUGAAACAACUGCAAGCUCAAGUUCAGAUGAUGAAUAGAUUGAACAUGUCACCGAUGAUGUUGCCAAUGGCGAUGCAACAACAACUUCAAAUGUCGAUGAUGGCUCCAAUGGGAAUGGGGAUGGGAAUGGGAAUGGGAAUGGGAAUGGGUAUGGGAAUGGGAAUGGGCAUCAUGGACGUCAACACAAUGAACCGUCCCAAUAUCAAUGGGAUAUCCUCUGUUCUUACUAAUCCUUUCAUGCCUAUCACUUCCUGGGAUGCCUCUGCUGCACCACCAGCAGUUAUGACAGAUCCUUUAUCCACAUUCCUUGCUUGCCAAUCUCAGCCGACGACCAUGGAUGCUUAUAGCAGGAUGGCUGCAAUGUAUCAACAGCUGCAGCAACAACCUCCAGCUUCAAAUUCUAAGAGCUAAGUACAUGGUUGCUUGUAAUAUUGAUCUGGAAUUAGUAUAAAUGUUUGAAGCAAGUGCCUUUUGUCCAAAUUAUUACUGUUUUUUGGUCUUAUAGUAUACAAUUAUGCCGCUUCUAUAAUUAAUUUACAAGUUGUAUAAUUAUUUACAA